GGUCGUCCGUACAAGGCUGCGUGAUGUGGACGCCUCUGUAGCGGGACAAUCGCACCGGUGGAGAGAGGCAGGACAGGUUGAUGGAUCCAAUGCAGCCGAACCAAAGCUGCUCGUUCUCCACGAGACUCUCUGACCCCUUCAGCGUAGCCAUGUCUCCAGCCUCGGGGCUCUCCAGCCUGCCCCCACCCAGCUUCUGCCCGGCGCCUGUCCCAAGGACACAGCAGCAGGCCGCUGCCAGGGCCAUGGGGCUCUCCCCGGAGGCUGCCGAGGUGGCCGGUGCGGAGCUGUGCCUGCCCCCUCCGGUCAGCAUCAGCCGUCCGCGGCCCACGGCCCUGGGGAUGGGCUCGGCCGCCGGCAAGGCCCUGAAGAACCCCGAGUCCAUCCCCAGGCCCAAGGCCUCGGUGUCGCCGCUGGGCUCCCUGGGCCACACGCCGAUGACCCCCGAGUCCUCGCAGCCCCUGGCUCCUCCGAGUUCCCGUAGCCCGCAGGCCAACAGGAGCCCGCAGGCCAGCAGGAGCCCGCAGCAGAUGUCCCCGUCCCAGACCGCCCUCAUCCCUCCCCCGAGCAACGCCACGUUCCCCCACAUCUCGUCUCAGCCCGGUGCCGGGGUCGCCCCGGCCAGGAACCUGCCCGCCCAGCCCAGCAUCAGCCCUCCGCCUGGCCCACAGCCCAAACCCGGUCAUUCGUACCUCGGCUCUCAGCUCAGGGUCAGUCCCGAACCGCAGUCUUCGCUCUCAGAGGGCACCAAGGGGAGGACGGACAAAGCCGGCAUGGACGCGGAUGAUUUCAGGGUCCAAAUCGUCACAUGGAAUGUAGGAUCAGCUGUGCCUCCUGACGACAUCACUUCCUUGUUUGGGCCCAAUCUGAGCAGCGGCACUAUAGACAUGUUCGUCGUGGGGCUGCAGGAGAUGAACUCGAUGAUCAACAAGCGCCUCAAAGACGUGCUGUUCACCGACCAGUGGAGUGAUCUGUGCAUGGAGACCGUCAGUCGCUUUGGUUACGUGCUGGUGACGUCUCAGCGCAUGCAGGGGGUCCUGCUGUUGGUCUUCUCCAAGUUCUGCCACCUGCCCUUCCUCAGGGGGGUCCAGACCCAGAGCACUCGCACAGGCCUGGGGGGCUACUGGGGUAAUAAGGGUGGAGUGAGUGCGCGGAUGAUGGUGUUUGGCCACCCGGUCUGCUUCCUGAACUGCCACCUGCCGGCGCACAUGAGGAACCUGGAGCAGCGCAUGGAGGACUUCGAGAGCAUCCUACAACAGCAGCAGUUCGAGGGCGGCACGGCGCCAGGGGUGCUGGACCACGACGUGGUAUUCUGGUUUGGUGACCUGAACUUCCGCAUUGAAGACUAUGAUAUUCAUGUGGUGAAGAGUGCCAUUGACAACAGCAAGCUGUCUCUACUCUGGGAGCGAGAUCAGCUCAACAUGGGCAAAAACAGUGAGCCUAUUCUGGAAGGUUUUAUGGAGAGUCCACUCAACUUCCCUCCGACCUACAAGUUUGAUGUGGGAACUCAUACAUACGACACAAGCGCUAAGAAGAGGAAGCCAGCGUGGACCGACCGCAUCCUGUGGCGCCUCCGUCGGACCGGUUCGCCAGUGCCGUCCCACAAUGCAAAUCUGCAGCGCGGGCUGACGUCCUGGCUGGGUGGGGUUACCAGGGUGACGCAGCACUCCUACCGCAGUCACAUGGGGUUCACCAUCAGCGAUCACAAGCCUGUUUCUGCCAUCUUCUCUCUACAUUUUCCCUUCAGGGUCAAUGUGCCUUUAGUAACACUUGAAGUUGAGAAGGAGUGGACUAAAGUGUCAGAUGCAACUGUGCAAUUUGAGGUGUACUCAACCUUCCAGAGAAGCUCCUGGGACUGGGUGGGCCUCUAUAAGGUGGGGUUCAAACAUCAUAAAGACUAUGUGGCAUAUGUGUGGGCCAAGUCUGAUCAUCUGCCUCAGGUAACUUUUGCAGAGGAAGAUCUGCCCAGGGAGGCCGGAGAAUACAUCUUGGGAUACUAUAGCCACAACAUGAACAGCAUUGUGGGAGUGACGGAGCCCUUCCAGGUGCACCUGCCCGUGGUGAGCCCGCCGGCCGCGGCGCCCGCCGCCCACUCCGAGAGCUCGGACGAGAGCUCCGAGGACGACAGCACGCUGGUGCUGCUGGCGCCCAGCUCCUCGCGCAGCCCCAGCCCGGGGACGCGCUCGGGCAAGCGCUCCCACCACCACCACCACCACCAGCGCCGCCAGCGCAGCCGCAGCCCCGCCGUGCCGCCGCCGCGGUCCGCCGCCUCCCUCUCCGCCGCCUCGCCGCUGCCCGGCCUGCAGAGCCUCAGCCUGAGGCCCCGCGACUCCCACACGCGCAGCCCCUCGCCGCGCGCCCCCCCCAAAUCCGGCUCCUCGUCCGCCUCCUCCUCCUGCGCCUCCAAGAAGGAGCGGCUGGUGUGCCAGGACAGCUCCCCCUCCCCCUGCUCGCCCAUCAGCCCCCUGAGCCCACGCAGCCCCGUGUCCCCCCGCGGUGGAGCCGUCACCACCCCGGAGGCGCUCAUCGUGGCCAUGCUGGGGCCGGCCCAGGUGCCCCCUGGUCCAGCUGCAGACGCAGGCUUAUGAUGGGAGCCUCUGGCCCCCCUCCCCACCCCCACCCCCCCCAUCCCAAUCCCCAGCCUUUCCAGCACUCAGACUGCAAAACAUGCUCAUGCUAACUGUUCCUCCUCAUGUCAGUUUCAAAUAUAUUGCUAUAUAUUUUUUCUACUAUGCAAAUUAAAUAUAUGUGCAAUAUAUUUAGAGAGUAUAUAUAUAUUUUUCCUUUGGAGAGGCUUUAAGGCCUGCUGGGGACCUCUGCUGCUGAUCCUGACCCAAGGACAGCAAGGCUUCUCUAGUGCGGUAGUGUCGCCCAGUGUCUGGUGUGGUCAUAUUGUUUGGGCGUUGUGGUAUACUUUCAGUCGGAAUGCCCACAAGCACUCAAACCAAUUUAUCUGAAUGUUGUGCAAUGAAAAGAGUUUGAGAUUUCUUCAACACAUUUGGAAAGCUUGUUGCUUCAGGACUACUGAUUGAUGACAUACUUUCAGCAAUUCAUGGCACUUGAUAUUAAGUAUGUUCAGCACCUACGACCACAUAGUGUGGACACUGAAUCCAUGUGUGUAUGUGUGUGUGUGUGUGUGUGUGUGUGUGUGUGUGUGUGUGUGUACAUGUGUUUGAGAGAUUUUCUGUUUCAAAAUUGUAUGUGUUAAAAAGCAUCUAUUUGUUCUAGUCAUGUCAUGUGUCAUGAUAAUAUAUGUUAACAUAGGCAACAGUGCCCUGCUUUACUGAAACACAGUACUUCUCCCCAACAGCCUUCUAUAGGAAUGGAUGUGAUCACUGAGGCUGAAUGUACAGCUAGAUAUGUCGUAACCUGACCACCUCAGACUUGUGCUCAUUUGUGUUAGAAUGUGGCUAUAUACACUCUCUGUGCCUGUUUGGGUUAGGUAUGGCUUUUGUGUGGCAGUUUUGUGACUCGUGUGCAUCAGGCAUUACACUCUGUGGGGCAGAUGUGUUAAGUGUUCAAUGGAGAGGGACUGUGGACACAGCCGAAUAAAAUGACCACU